CUCAUCCUCGCUCUCCCUUGCUUGACAUCCCUCCUUGCCUUUUAACUUUUAUACACGUUCCACACCCACCUCUUAUCCCGUUUUUUUGUCCCGCCCCUACCGACCCGUUCCCCAUGACUUGAACCCUAAACGCCUAAACACCGCCAAAACACUUCCUCUACCACAUCAUCCCACGACUUCGAGUGCACUCUUGCACGUUUCAUGGGCAGUUGACGCCCGACCUCGGGCGGCAUCUGCCUGACUCAGCCUUGUUGAACCCUCCCUACGUCGAUCAGCUGGUCCUCUCGAUCAUCAUCCUCUACAAAAAGUCCUCGUCUUUCCCAACCAACUGAACCUACAACUCCUCUCACGAUGCCCAAGUCGUACGUUUCUUUUCAAGACGUCAGCGACCAUGAUGACCCAGGGUUCAUCCCUCAUUCGAAUCCUCGCAAUUCCUCCUCCUCCUCCUCCCCCGAUUACCACAGAAGAGCAGAACAACCCUCGAUGUCCUCCAGUGAAGUCAGGUCGAGACUCCCACCCUCGCUCAAGAUGACUCCAGCGCAGAAUACCACCGAGCAUACCCCUCUCUUAAGUCCUACUCAAUCAUAUCGUCAUCGAAUAUAUACGGAUAGUAUGCCAGAGUCACCCCGUUCUCGACAACUUUCAAGAGUCAACAGUGCUUCAGGCAGCCUCCGCCGGCGGAGGAGUCAUAGCAGACGUCUGUCUGGGCAACUGAGCCCACUGUGGACUCGCAAGUCGGGGUUAAGAACACCAAAAUUGUCACAGUCCUUACUGGGCGCUCUGUCCACCGAGGAUCGCCUGUGGUACGAUCAGUUCACUUCUACAGAUUGGGUUCACGACAGUAUUGCGGAUGGUUACAGAAUUCUUGAAUUGAGAAAGAAGAAGGGCUUUCGCGGCCGAGUUGGCUUGCUGCUGGACUCUGCUCAAGGCUGGACCUUGGUCGCAAUUAUCGGUGUCAUUACCGCUCUCAUGGCCUACUUCGUGGAUGUCACCGAAUCGACCAUUUUCGACCUCAAGCGUGGUUAUUGUCAAGAUGGCUGGUAUUUAAGCCGCACCGACUGUUGCAACGGCGAGCGGACCUGUGAUCGGUGGCAGACAUGGUCCGAAGCCAUUCACCCGUCGGGGGUAUCGAGCGUCUCGGUCGAGUAUCUUGCCUUCAUUAUUGGCUCCAUGGUCUUUGCCGCUUUGUCCUGUUUUCUCACCCUUUACUCGAAAACUGUGGUCCCUUCCCAAAUCGCUGCCACCUUUGACGAAGAUCUAGCUGCCAUCAGGGCAUCGAUAACUCCGGAAGCCGAUGAUGACAAGGGCAAUUCCGUUCAACCACUUGCCGGAAACGAACUUCUUCCAGCAAAUAUUUACUACUCGGCGGCAGGCAGCGGAGUGGCCGAGGUCAAGGUCAUUCUGAGUGGUUUCGUCCUCCAUGGAUACCUCGGUUUGCGGGUGUUAGUCCUCAAGACUGUCGCUCUUAUUCUCAGUGUGGCUUCUGGAAUGAGCCUGGGGAAGGAAGGACCGUAUGUUCACAUUGCAACCUGUGUUGGCAAUAUUGCAUGCCGUUUGUUCUCCAAAUAUAACCUCAACGACGGUAAACGGAGAGAAGUUUUAUCCGCCAGCGCUGCUAGUGGUGUCGCCGUCGCCUUUGGAUCUCCCCUUGGGGGCGUCCUCUUCAGCCUGGAAGAGGUCAGCUACUAUUUUCCACCCAAGACCUUGUUUCGCACGUUUUUCUGCUGCAUUGCCGCAGCUCUGACUCUCAAGUUCCUCAAUCCAUAUGGCACUUCGAAAAUUGUCCUCUUUGAGGUCCGUUAUGUCACCGAUUGGCAGGUCUUUGAGCUCUUCAACUUUGCAUUCCUAGGUUUCGCCGGUGGUUUGGCAGGUGCCUUGUUCAUCAAAGCCUCGAGGAUUUGGGCCACUACCUUCCGCCGUGUCAAAUUCAUCAAAUCAUAUCCCAUAAUAGAGGUCCUCUUGGUGGCACUUGUCACGGGCAUCAUAAGCUUCUGGAAUCGUUACACCCGCCUUGCCGUUACCGAAUUACUCUUGGAGCUCGCCAGCCCUUGCAACAAUCAGACGAAUGACGGCCUCUGCCCCACUGAAGACCAGAUAGUUUCCGUCAUUGGUUACUUGAGCGUCGCAUUCGUGAUCAAGGCAUUUCUAACUACCAUCACUUUUGGUAUCAAAGUUCCUGCAGGCAUUUAUGUCCCUUCCAUGGUUGUCGGGGGUCUGAUGGGCAGGAUUGUUGGUCAUAUCACUCAAUUCAUGGUUGUCAGAUACCCCACGUUCUUCCUCUGGAAUGGUUGUCAAUCGUCGGAUGACAUGGAAGCUUGUGUCACCCCUGGCGUUUAUGCUCUCGUGGCUGCUGGAGCUACUAUGUGUGGUGUCACUCGACUUUCAGUCACCCUAGCUGUCAUCUUAUUUGAAUUGACGGGAAGUCUGGAUCAUGUUCUCCCAUUCUCGCUUGCUGUCCUUUGUGCCAAGUGGACUGCUGAUGCUGUGGAACCAUUGAGCAUCUACGACCUCCUCACCGACAUGAAUGCAUAUCCUUUCCUGGACAACAAAAGUAGCCCCGUCUUUGACUCGGAAUUGGGCGACAUCAUUCCUCGGUUCCGACGAGACAAGGUGAUUGAUAUUACUAUAUCUCCGGCGGUCAAAGCCAGCGAAUUGCGGUCCAAACUUCGUCGAUUACAAAAUCUAGGGGAGCUCGACGGCGGCUUACCCAUUCUUCGCGAAAAGAUUCUCGUAGGACUGAUUCCCGCACCGGACUUGGAAUUUGCUCUGGAUCGGGUGGAAAAUGAGGAUACAGCGCUUUGCAUUUUAUCUGCUGCCGAUCGGAACCACGCCACGCAUCACAACUACUGGGCUGCCUUUGAUGAGACCGGAUAUGACUCUGGCCGGGAGGAUUCUGACGAUGACGAUCGCCCUGACGAGGAUCCGGUCGAUUUGACGUCGUACAUAGAUCCGGCACCCGUGGCCCUCGACUCGCAUUCACCUAUGAACCUGGUUUAUCAGUGUUUUGUGAAAUUGGGAUUGAGAUAUAUCUGCGUUUUGGAAGAAGGGGAAUACAAGGGCAUGUUGCAUAAAAAGGCAUUUGUGCGAUAUGUCAAGACUUUGGAGGCUACAGGACACGCCUGAGCUGGAAGGCAUUCAAUCAUGGAAUGUCUCAGGGGUGCAUUGGUGGUUUGUUUCCACUUUGGCAUAGCGUUGGGAGUUUUGCAUAGGUGUCGGGUAUCAGGAUACCAGGAUAUCAGGGGCAUAUCAUUACUGCAAUGAUUUUCACCCAAAACUGGAUGAAUGUUACUAUUUUUAUUGCACAUGAUGGUUUCUCACGUAAGCAUGCCUCAUCAUUC